CUCCAGAGCGCGCAGAGGGAGGGAGCGCGCGCGGGCAGCUGAUGGACGGGAUGGAGCGGGGCGCGUACGGCGCGGGCAGAGCCGGUGGAUCCUUCGAGCCGCUCACGUUCAUCCAGCAGCCGCACACCGGACUCCGGAUCGUGUCCUGGUUCUUCUCGUUGGUGAUCUUCGGCUGUGUCGUUAACGAGGGCUACAUCAACAGGCCUGAUGAGGUCGAGCAGUUCUGCAUCUUUAACCGGAACCAGAACGCCUGUAACUACGCGGUCAGCAUGGGCUCGCUGGCCUUCCUCUGCUGCAUGGCCUUCCUGGCUUUAGACGCAUAUUUCCCUCAGAUCAGCAGCGUCAAGGACCGCAAGAAAGCUGUGCUGGCCGACGUGGGAACCUCAGUGUUCUGGUCCUUGGUUUGGUUCGUGGGCUUUUGUUUCUUGGCCAAUCAGUGGCAGGUGGCGAAAGCGGAGGACAACCCGCUGCAGUCGGGUGGAGACUCAGCGCGGGCCGCCAUCACCUUCUCCUUCUUCUCCAUCUUCACCUGGGCCGCUCAGGCCUUCCUAGCGUUUCAGAGAUAUAAGCUGGGUGCGGAUUCGGCUCUGUUCUCGCAGGACUACACCGACCCCAGCCAGGACGCCGGCAGUGUGCCGUACAGCUCCUACAGUGCUGGAGACGCUCUGGAGAGUCCGGGAGGAACCGGGUCCUACCAGCAGAGCGGCGACGGCGUGUUCGACAGGUCAGCGGGGUACCAGCGGCAGGAGUACUGAACCAGGGUCACGGCACCAACUCACACACUGAACACCAUUCUGAUCAGCAGUAGAAUAUCCUGUAAAACUGUCAUGCUAUACAAACGACUGAUUUGUAUUCAAAAUGAGGUUAUUUGUGUAAAUGGAGCGACACCUCCGCAUUAAUGUGCUCACACUCUCAAAAAUAAAGGUUCUUUAUCAGAAUUGAUGGUUCCAU